CUAAAUACUAUACCAUCAAUACUAUAAUUGAGCAAGUUACUGGGUUUCUGAAUUCAGAAGCAGAGAAGUGCAACUGAUGCAAAUAAAAGUGCGUAAUAAUUAUAUACGAUUACAGUUUUAAAGGGAGAAUAAUUUAAAGCACUUUAAAGCACUUCCUUUAAUCAUAGGGAAGGAGCAAUCUGAGGACAGAUCACAGCUGGAAAUUCCAGUUUCAAACCUUCAAUAGAACACGGGACGCAGUUUCAGUGAGAAGAAAUGGAGCGGGGAUUGAUCCUGUUGUCUGCUGUUCUGAUGGUUUCUGUGGUGCUCGGUCAAGCUCCAACACCUCUGGCGCAGGCGGAAGUCACACGAGAUGGUUGUGGUGAAAACAAAACGUGCUUUGGGAAGCCAGCAAAGUGUGAUCCUGCAGUAGCACAGGACCCCUGUGGGUUUGCUUCUUUGGAGAGACUUUCAGAGGAAAAGAAACUGCUGAUCCAAGUCAGACAAUAUGUGGCCUCCAAUGCGAAUUAUGUUGGAGUGAACCUGAUAACUGAGGAUAAGAGCCUGAUUAUCGCCUGUGCUAUUUCUAGCACGGGUGGGUUUACCCACCAGGUGAUGAGCGGCGAUGGGAUCGUCACUUCAAACGAGGUUGUGACAAGUGCCAGAGGUUCAAUGAUAGAGAGUGUGCUCCGGUGUGAAUUCAGAGUCGACAUGACCACAGUCACCAGCGCUGUCAGCCUAGUCAUGGGGACAGGCACUUUUACAGAGGACACUCCUGGUGUGCUUACCCUCCAAGAAAUGGAGGACACUGUUUCGCUGGAGACCCCCAACAUCAUGUCAUCAGGAGCCAGCAGUCUUUCCCACACUCAUGCCUUGUCUGUCGUGCUGACCUUCUUCACAAUGGUCGCCAUGCACAGUGCCUGAAGGAGUGAGGAGGAGGAGGAGGAUGAGAAGGUGGAAGAGGAGGACGAGAAGGAGAAGGCAGAAGAGGAGGACGAGGAGGAGGUUGAGGAGGAGACACACGUGCUGCAUUUAUGUAUUCCAUUAUCUUUAGCACGGGCCACGCGGUGGGCGUAGUGGUUAGCACUCUCGCCUUUGCAGCAAGCAGACCCGUGUUCGAGCCCCGGUUGGAACAAGGGUCUUUCUGCAUGUUCUCCCCGUGUGUGCGUGGGUUUUCUCCGGGUUCUCUGGUUUCCUCCCACAGUCCAAAAACAUGCAAGAUGGAGAUUAGGAAAAUUGGACACUCUAAAUUGACCGUGAGAGUCGCAAACGAUGUACUGCAGGAAAUGUGUUUUAAAUAUGUGACAUUUCCUCACCUCUCACCACCCAGGCAUCGCUAUCAAAUGUAUCUGUUGAAUACGUUUAGGCCGUUUUUUUGUUUAUUUUGUAUUAGAAGUCAAGACCGUUUAAUGUUUUCAUGCGAAUGCACUGUGACUAUAUAUUUUUUUUUGUAAGAAUAGAAUCAGAUGGAUCUAAGCCAACACUGUCUAUAAAAUCAGCUAUUUUGAGGAGGGACAGCAAUGAGACGUGAACUUAGCAUCACUAGAGCCGUGAGGGAAAUGAAGCUGAGAUUAUUAUAGGAAAUAUAGGAGCCUAUAGUAGCUGUUAGUUUUAAUUGGUGGGGCAGAAGGUGGAAAUGGGACUUUAGAUUUAUCAAGACAGAUUUAUUUCUAUGGCAUUAAAUAUUAUACUAUUACUGCU